AUGGCCUUGGUCCGUUUGGACCUGGGUUUGGCCGUGCAAUUUGCUCUGACUCUUGGUGUGUCAGUGAAUGUGCUGGAGCUGCAACCACAGGCACAGACACGAUGGACAGAGUGCUGGCGCUCUGCUACUGAGUACGGUCAUCGGAAACUAGAGGAUCGCCAGAGCCAGGAUGUGAUCACCAUGGCGCCCACAUUACUGAUUCUUUUGUGGGCCACAGGGAUACUGCAAGUAGAUUUACUUCCUGAUAAGAAACUUGUGCUUCUCCCGCCUGUCAAUUUCACCAUUGAAGUUUCCGGUUUAUCUCAAGCUCUUUUACGUUGGGAACCAAAUCCUGAUCAAGAAGGAAGGAACGUUAAGUUGGGAUAUCGUGUGAAAAUAAGUGCUCCACAAGAAGAAGACUAUGAAACCAGGAGCACUGAAAGCAAACGUGUAACCAUCCUUCACAAAGGCUUUUCAGCAAGUGUGCAGACCAUCCUGUGGACCGACCCCUCCCUCCCAGCAAGCAGCUGGGUUUCUGCUGAUCUUGAAGCCCCAGCAGGGUCUCCUGGAACCUCAGUUGUGAAUUUAACUUGCACCACAAACACUGCAGCAAAUAAUUAUACAGAUUUAAGGCCAUACCAAGUUUCUCUUCACUGCACCUGGCUUGUUGGCAAGGAGGCUCCUGAGGAUACACAGUAUUUCCUCUACUAUAGGUAUGGCUCUCGGACCGAAGAAUGUCAAGAAUACAGCAAAGACACACUGAAGAGAAAUAUUGCAUGCUGGUUUCCAAGGACUUUUAUCAAUAGCAAAGGGCGUGACUCGCUUGCAGUGUAUGUUAACGGCUCAAGCAAGCAUGCUGUCAUCAAGCCAUUUGAUCAGCUGUUUGCUCUUCACGCAAUUGAUCGAGUAAAUCCUCCAGUGAACAUCACAGCACAGAUUGAAGGAACCUCUCUCUCUAUCCAAUGGGAGAAACCAGUUUCUGCCUUUCCAAUCCAUUGCUUUGACUAUGAAGUGAAAAUUUACAACACAAGGAAGGGUUAUGUUCAGACAGAAAAAAUGACGACCAAUGCAUUCACCUCAAUAAUUGAUGAUAUUUCUAAGUAUUCCAUUCAAGUGAGAGCAGCAGUUCGUUCCGUGUGCAGAGCAAUGGGGCUCUGGAGCGAGUGGAGUCAGCCUAUUUAUGUGGGAAACGACGAACAGAAGCCCUUGACAGAAUGGUUUCUUAUUGUGCUUAUGGCAACCAUCUGCUUCCUCUUGUUAAUUUUCUCCCUCACCUGUAGAAUAUGUCACUUAUGGACCAAGUUGUUUCCACCAGUUCCAGCACCAAAAAGUAAUGUUAAAGAUUUCUUUGUAACCACCCACUAUGAGAAAACCGGUUCCAAUGAAACAGAAAUUGAAGUCAUAAGUUAUGUGGAAGAGCCUGGAUUUGAGGUCCUGGAAGAUUCUGUGUUUUGAUUGUCGCUGUCACACACUCUCAAAAUGAACUCACACUCACAAGCCUCAGCUAGAACGGGAGUGGCUGUUUCUUGGUGGACAGGAACUCCUAAUUUACUGAGCAUUCAAUUCAGCUGCAAGACAACACGCCCAGACAAAUCUCUUAAACAUGUGGAUGCCUCACCCAAACCUCCUCGCUCACUCGGGGCGAUGCACUCUCCUGACCCUUCUGUCAUGUCUUCUCUCCCUACUCUGUACAGGGUAGCACCUGCCAGUCUUUGUGAUUUGCAUUACUUACCUCAACCUUUCUUGUGCAAGAGACAGUUUUUAAGGCUGUAGUCAACGCUAUUUACUGCUGGAGGUGCUAGUUUGACUGUUUAAGCUGCCAAUGCUCAGCUAAAAUCUCAGGAAGAAAGCAUUUUGCAUGAGCCUGCAGGGAAUCAUGAACUUGGAUUCAAGACAGUCUUUCCUAUGACAAAUGGGAGCCAUGGUGUUUUUCUUCUGAGUUCUAGAAUACUUUUUCUUUCGAUUGUGUGUGUGUGUGUGUGUAUAAGUGAGAGCGAGAGAGAGAGAAACAGAGAUUAAGUUGCAUAGGCAUGAUCUAGGUAGCAUCAUUUAAGGCAAACUAAUUUAAAAAAAAUGAGCUACUACGUCACUCUGUAUCAAGAGAGGACAGGAUUUUGUUUCAAGAUUAUAUUCUUGAAGUCAGCCUUGACAUUUCAGGAAUAUACUGAGAAAGGUUUUGGGAGAAGUGGGUUGUGAAGGGGGUCACUGGAUCAAGAGUAAACUUUCUGGAGAGAUGUUUGCUGGCGAAGACUUCAGAGCAACUUGUUGGGCAUCUGGUCAAGUAGCGCUAGGGGGAUCCUAGCCCCUUAGGUUUGGAAGGGUCCUAUAGACCAUCUCAUCAAACAGCCCAAUCCAGACGGGAAUUCCUCCUCUCCAUAUCCUUCUGUAUGAGUCUGCAUCUAGAUGACAGGCCUUUGUGACAGGCAGUGGGCUACAGGUAGAACCAGGCACAGGUGUGCCCUGGGCAGAGAGGGGACAAGAGGAACAGUUAGUACUUCAAGGACCCAAACAGUGCUGACUGGACAUGGCCCGGAAGCAGGAAGCUCAGGACAGGGAAAGGAGGUCACCGUGCUCAGAACCCCUCCACAGCGGCAUACUCUUUAUAUGCUUUCCUGAGUUGGUUUAGUCAGUUUUGAUUCAAGAAUGGGGCACAUUGACUACCACCUACUUCCAGGGGGUGUUUUUCUGGUAACCAUCCACUGCAACGAGCAGGGAGUUGGGCCCAGGACAACAGUCACGGCAGUUAUGGCAGCUGUCGGUUAUUACUUGUUUCCAAUUAUUAUGGACUCAAUGUUUGUAUGUCCCUAAAUUCAUAUGUUGCAACUCCACCCCCCCAUAUGAUCAUAUUAGGAGGUGAGGCUUUGGGGAGGUAAUUAGGUCAUGAGUGUGGCGUUCUCAUGAAUGGAUUGGUGCUCUUAUAAAAGGACUACAGAGAGCUUUCUUUCCCCAUGUGAAGAUAUAAAUUGGCAGUCUGCACCCAGGAAAAGGACUCUCACAGAACCUGACCAUGCUGGCACCCUAAUCUCAGACUUCCAGGCUCCAGAACUGUGAGGAAUCAAUUUCUGUUGUUUAUAAGCCACCCAGUCUGUGGUACUUCAUUACAGCAGCCUGAGCUAAGACACCAAGUGUCAGGAACUUCAUCAGGUACUUCAGACGCAUCAUCUCUAAUCCUGACAAGCCCACGUGGUCAGUAUCACUGCUCCCAUUUUACAGAUGCAACCACUGAGGCCUGGAGAGAUUGUUAGAUAGGAAAUGGCAUAGCAAGUGAGAAGCUGAAUACCAGGUCCAAGUGACCCCAGUAAUGUGGAUUUGAGAGUGCAUCAGAAUCACCUGGAGGGGUCAUUAAAACACACAUUGUUAGGCUCACCCUCCGAGUUUCUGACUGAGCAGUUCUGGGGUGGGGCCUGAGAAUCUGCAUUUCAACAAGUUCCCAGGUGAGGCUGCUGCUGCUGGUCCAGGGACUACACUUUAAGGACGGCUGCCCUGGGUGAUUCUGAUGAAUAUCAAAAUUUGAAAACUAACUGUUGAAGGAAUAAGUGAUGGAAAAGUCCUUCCAAAACAACUGCCCCCUUUUUGGCUUAUUGCUCCCUGUCUGAUCACUUUCAAACUGGAGCCUGGAAAACUAGGAUUGUGGAACUGCCUAGGAGGCUGGAAGAGAAGGGAGCUGCGCCGAAUGUGGCCAGUUCUUCAUUGUUUGAUGUGGUGCUCGCUUCAGAGACGCCUCUCUCCGCCUCAGCAGCCGGUCAUCAGCUGGGUACUGAGCCGCUACCACCAUCUGUCUCUCGGUGUAUGUGUGUCAGGAGCAACACAAAUACUUCUUCUUCCUCAUUGCUCGGCCUAUGGAACUCAUUCUUUGGGAAUCCAUAUCCCACAUCUUCUUCUCCUUGAAGCCUUUAAAAGGAGAGUUUGGUUGAUCCUGCACCUGGGGUCUCAUUCUGGGCCUCAUCUCUGUCUUGGAGUUUUGCAUUGUAUAUGCCAUUCCCAGCUUGGAUGUCUCCCCACUAGACUGUGCACUCCAGGAGGAUGGGGCUCAUGUGAAAUUCAUCUUUUUAUCUGCAGUGUCUAGGACAGUACCUGGCCCUUAGAAAGCAUAAAUGCUUAUUGGGCUCUCUUAAACCCUCUUUCAAUUCUGGCAUAUCUCCUUGCAUAUAGUUGGAACUGAACCAUAUUUGACAGAGAUUAUCAUGGCCUACAGUAAUAUCAUGGAGAGGAAGAUGGGUGUGUAAUGAGAACAUGAUUGGAAAUAACCAGGACUCAUGUGCCUGACCAUCUGGCUAGCAUAACCUGGAUCUCUUUUUGUUGAUGAUGUGUCUAAGUUGUGGCAUAUAAAUUGCUGUAUAAAAGGAGAUGGGCUUUGGAAGUGGCCAUUUCGAGUAGUCUAUACAGUUUUCACUAGGCUUGUCAUGGCAAA